AAUUGAAAUUAGAGUGGAAGGAAAGUUAAUGACUUUGGCUAUUUUGGGAGGUGUUUGCUUUUUCCAUUACAAUUCUUGAGAGAAAAGAACCAAAUUAUGUAACUAGUUGACAUUUCCCAUUCGGGGAAAUUGAUGUGAAAAAUGGUGGAAGAAAUUAGGGCUGUGGAUUCAGGGUUUUAUGUAUUUAUCCCUAAUAUUGAGAGAAAAUUGCGAGGAAAUUAGUGAAAUUGGUUUUUAAAAGUCUAAGCACAAUGGAUGAUGUAACUGAUUUGACUGGUGAUGGAGGUGUUAUUAAGAAGAUUGUAACAAGAGCCAAAGCAGGUGCGCUUGCCCCUUCCGAGGAUCUUCCGAUGGUUGAUGUUCAUUAUGAAGGUACCCUAGCUGAAACUGGUGAAGUUUUUGAUACAACACAUGAAGAUAACUCUGUUUUCUCCUUUGAGCUUGGAAAGGGCACGGUUAUUCAGGCUUGGGACAUUGCUUUAAAAACUAUGAAGGUUGGUGAAGUUGCGAAAAUAACUUGCAAGCCAGAGUAUGCCUAUGGUGCUGCUGGAUCUCCCCCUGAUAUCCCACCCAAUGCUACCCUUAUCUUCGAGGUGGAGUUACUGUCCUGCAGGCCACGCAAAGGUUCCAGUCUUGGUAGUGCUUCGGCAGAGAGAGCUAGGCUAGAGGAGCUGAAGAAGCAGAGGGAAAUUGCUGCUUCGGUGAAGGAGGAAGAAAAAAAGAAGAGAGAAGAAGCGAAAGCUGCUGCCGCCGCUCGUAUUCAAGCCAAGUUGGAGGCCAAGAAAGGUCAAGGAAAAGGUAAGGGCAAAGGCAAAUAGUUAAAGAAGGAUUUUAUAUUUGAUAUAGACUGAUAAAAAAACAAAUUUUUAACUGAUAAAGUUUCAUGUCAGCCAUAUUAAUGGUGAUAUUGCAUACUGGUAAUGUUGGAAAAUGGUCACUAUAGCCCUCUUGUUUUUGGUGCUUA